AUGAAAAGGGUCAGGACGACGAAAGAGACGCUCGGGGACAGUCGAAAACGUUCAAAGAAACACGAUGAAACCCAUUCGUUUCCUUUUAUACCUCAGGAUCUGAUAGUACAGAUACUCCUGAACGUUCCGGCCAGAUCAACAGCCAGGUUCGUCAUCGUUUCAAAAGAAUGGUUUUCGAUAAUCCGCAGCAAGGAUUUUACCAGGUUGUACCUGACUCGAUCUUCGACUCGGCCGCGUCUUCUAUUCUCAGUCUACAAUCACUUCCACAGGCAGGGGAAACAGUUCUUACAAUCCUUCUUCCAGCAAGAUCCAUCUUCUGAUCAUCAUCAGAGAGUUUACAUAACUUCCCAUCACAGUCAUUUGUAUGGCUUUUCUCCACCAGUCCGCGGCUUGAUUUGCCGUAAAUGUGGUACUAACGUGAUAAUUGGAAAUCCUAGCACGGGCCAGUUCUUACCUUUACCUAGAGUGAAAACAUAUAGAAGAGGUCUAUUCACAUUUUUUGGAUAUGAUCCGGUGAAUGAUGUAUACAAAGUCUUGUGCAUGACGGUACUACAUGGUCAUCAAAGACGUGGAUCAAGAUAUGUGUCCGAGGAACAUCAAGUUUUCACUCUAGGAGCUAAACAAAAAUGGAGAAUGAUCAAAUGUAAGCGUUCCCAUCUACCUCCUCCUUAUACUAGAGGGAUAUGCAUAAACGGGGUUGUGCAUUAUUUUGCCUGGAUCGAAUAUGCAGCAUAUUUAGUACGCUUCGAUCUGAGUUCUGAAGACUUUAGUUUCAUUAAGCUACCUCAAGAAAUCGAAUGCCUAGUGAACUACAACGGAAAGAUAGCUUUAACGAAGCAAUGUAUGUCAAACAGUAAACUUGACAUAUGGGUUCUGGAAGAUGCAAGUAAAGGAAUAUGGUCAAAAUUUUCUGUCCUGGUUCCUUCUUGGACAGAUUUAGUUGGGAAUAAUGAUUUCGUGUUCAGGGGUACACUUAGUACCGGCGAGCUUAUAUUUGCACCGCUCAGUGUCAGUCCCAUUAGCCCGGUCUAUUUGAUCAGCUUCAAUCUCAACGAUAACAAUGCCAAAAAAGUUUUGGUUGAAGGACUUGGAGAUUUGCUCUCCUUGUCUCGAAGUCUAUUUGGAUCAUGUAGACAGUCCUAUGUUUCUGUCAGGUGUAAGAAAAAUCAUUUGGUGAUGCGUGCCUUUCGUUUUGUGUUGAGGGCUGACAAAUUUUGA